AGAGUACGAACCAACUUAACGGCUCUGGGAGUUUAAAUAUAACCCCCCCCACAGCCCCCGCAAAAGCCCACCACCCCAAACUGACACCCUACUUCCCUGCGCAGCUAUGUCCGGCCCUACUGAUCUCCUUUGUCUCUGCCGCGCGAUCCCACCCACCGUAGGCGGGGGACGGGAGCUGGUGUGAAAAGGUCUCCUUGACACCCGACCCUUGUUCCUGAGGAAUGAGUCUCAGCGGUCUCCGCCCGGCUCUAAAUCCAACAACCUCCCCACCCCGCCUCCCUCCUCCCCCUAGUGGGCAGCGCCUGCGCACACCCUUUUGGGCUUGCGCGGGUAGAGGCAGCACGUGCUGGAAGUGGCGCCCCGCCCCCCGUCUAAGGGGUUGGGCCUGUGACGUCGCUUCCUUAAGUUUUGUAAACGCAGCGUGCGUCAGCGAGAUCCGGAGGGGCGGGGCUUCCUGACGAAGGGCGGGGCUCAUGAAUUAUUCAUGAGCUGUAGGUAGCAAACCUCCCCCCUCUGCCCACCUUCUUAGAAGCGCUUCCGAGGGAGCGGAGGGGAGACCCUACAAAGCCAAGGAAGGGCAGGAGUGGAACUGGGCUCAGUAAAACGCGAUAGGUCAUUAUAACUCACCCCCCUUGAAAAUAUUCUCUGCUGAAUUGGGGAAAAAGAAAAAGCACUAAAACAGCCGAUGUUGUCCAACUUCCUCUUCCCCCGAAACGGCUGAGUCGUUCUCUGGCUCCUCUACCUUCCCCCAAUCGCAAUCACCUGGAGACGCCACACCACGCCUUCCUCUCCGCCUCAACACCCACAACCCGAACCCCAACGCAUCCGCCCACUCCCGACGCCCGCUCACUGGCCCGUCAGUUCGCGGGCCUCCCUGAACACCCACCGCGGCGCCACGCCGACUUAUAUACCAGCGAGUGUGGGCGGGGACGGGGGUUCGGUCCGCGCUGGGCCCCCCCAGCUUCUGCCAAUGAGGAAGAAGCGAGUCUACGCCGUUUUCCCGGGGAGAUGCGCCGCCCGGUCUCCCUGUCAGCGGAGUGCUGGGCCGAGGACAGGGCGGCAGGGGUGACAGUGGGGUACAGGAGAGUCUCAAAAUCCUAAGCUUUCAGUAUUUGUUAUUGUGAAAGAAGUUAAUUCACCUGAAACAGAGGAGGGGCAACCUGAGUUAUCAGAAAGUGACUUCCUGGCCUUCCCUUCUUUAUUGAUCAGAGGCACACAAAGCUUAGUUUCUAAGCUGAAUGAUGACAACGUUGCAGAAUAAAGAAGAAUGUGGAAAGGGACCAAAGAGAAUCUUUGAGCCACCUGCACAAAAAUCUUACAGCCUGUUACCUUGUAGCCCUAACUCCCCCAAGGAGGAGACCCCGGGGAUCAGUUCCCCAGAGACAGAGGCCAGGAUAAGCCUGCCAAAGGCCAGUUUAAAGAAGAAAGAGGAAAAAGCAACCAUGAAGAAUGUUCCAAGCAGGGAACAGGAGAAAAAAAGAAAGGCACAAAUCAACAAGCAAGCAGAGAAGAAAGAAAAGGAAAAAUCAAGUCUUACCAAUGCAGAAUUUGAGGAGAUUGUCCAGACUGUUCUGCAGAAGUCCCUUCAGGAGUGCUUGGGGAUGGGAUCUGGCCUUGAUUUUGCAGAGACUUCUUGUGCCCAGCCCGUAGUAUCUACCCAAUCAGACAAGGAGCCAGGAAUUACUGCUUCUGCUACUGAUACUGAUAAUGCUAAUGGAGAGGAGGUACCACAUACUCAAGAGAUUUCAGUGUCUUGGGAAGGUGAAGCUGCCCCUGAGAUAAGGACAUCUAAGUUAGGCCAGCCAGAUCCUGCACCCUCUAAGAAGAAAUCCAAUAGACUCACCUUAAGCAAAAGAAAGAAGGAAGCUCAAGAUGAGAAGGUGGAGAAAACUCAAGGUGGACAUGAGCACAGACAGGAAGACCAACUAAAGGAAACAGUUCAGGAUCAUUCUCAGAUCAGGGACCAGCAAAAAGGAGAGAUAAGUGGUUUUGGUCAAUGUCUGGUCUGGGUCCAGUGUUCCUUCCCAAACUGUGGGAAAUGGAGGCGGCUGUGUGGGAACAUUGACCCCUCAGUUCUCCCAGAUAAUUGGUCCUGUGAUCAGAACACAGCAGAUGUGCAGUAUAAUCGCUGUGAUAUUCCUGAGGAGACCUGGACAGGGCUUGAGAGUGAUGUGGCCUAUGCCUCCUACAUCCCAGGAUCCAUCAUCUGGGCCAAGCAAUACGGUUACCCCUGGUGGCCAGGCAUGAUAGAAUCUGAUCCUGACUUAGGGGAAUAUUUUCUUUUUACUUCCCAUCUUGAUUCCCUGCCGUCUAAGUACCAUGUGACGUUUUUUGGAGAAACAGUUUCUCGUGCAUGGAUCCCAGUCAACAUGCUAAAGAACUUCCAGGAGCUGUCCCUGGAGCUAUCAGUCAUGAAAAAGCGCAGAAAUGACUGCAGCCAGAAACUGGGGGUGGCCCUGAUGAUGGCUCAAGAGGCAGAACAGAUCAGCAUUCAGGAACGGGUUAACUUGUUUGGUUUCUGGAGCCGAUUCAACGGAUCUAACAGUAAUGGGGAAAGAAAAGACUUACAGCUCUCUGGUUUGAACAGCCCAGGAUCCUGCUUGGAGAAAAAUGAGAAAGAGGAAGAGUUGGAAAAGGAGGAAGGAGAGAAAACAGGAGCAAUUCAGAGAAUACCAGUUGUUUCUUUCCACUCCUUUCUCCCCUACGUGGACAUGGAGGAUUUUCAUUCACUUGUUUUCUUAGCAUCUCUUUUCCAGGACCCAAUUUUGCCCAUUCGUAAGCGAGUCAAAAUACAGACCCAAAAAACCAAGCCAAGAGGGCUUGGGGGUGAUGCAGGCACAGCAGAUGGCCGAGGCAGGACACUGCAGAGGAAGAUAAUGAAGAGAUCUCUAGGCAGGAAAUCCACAGCUCCUCCUGCACCCAGAAUGGGAAGGAAAGAAGGCCAAGGGAAUUCAGAUUCUGACCAGCCAGGCCCUAAGAAAAAAUUUAAAGCUCCCCAGAGCAAGGCCUUGGCAGCCAGCUUUUCAGAGGGAAAAGAAGUUAGAACAGUGCCAAAGAACCUGGGCCUAUCAGCGUGUAAGGGGGCCUGCCCCUCAUCUGCGAAAGAAGAGCCCAGACACCGGGAACCCCUGACCCAGGAGGCUGGAAGUGUCCCCCUUGAGGACGAAGCCUCCAGUGACCUGGACCUGGAGCAACUCAUGGAAGAUGUUGGGAGAGAGCUGGGGCAGAGCGGGGAGCUGCAGCACAGCAACAGUGAUGGCGAGGACUUCCCCGUGGCGCUGUUUGGGAAGUAGCUGGUGCUCCUCUGCUCCCUCUUUUUCUCCCUUCUCUGGGGCGCAGGAGGGAGAAGUUGCUAAGUGCUGGGUCUGUUCAUUGGCUAUGAGGUUCAAAUGUGUGUGGUGCAGUUUCUGUGUUAAUAAAGCAGGUUACGGUCGA